UAUAUAUACAGUUGUGUGGCAAAAGAGUACUUUCACAAACAUUAGCACAGACACAACACAAGAGUCAAAUUUAGAUUAGAACAUCACAUGCCUUAGAUCUAUGUCACAUUUUCUACACAUUCUAACUCUGUUGCCAAGCUAUUCUUUCCUUCACUCCUAUGUUCAUUUCUUCUUCAAUUAUUGAAUAACUUUUGCCACCUCACAACUAAAAAUUCCCCACCACAAAGUUCCCUUCAACAUGUUCCUCCUUCUCCUAUUUCCAUUUCACAAAAUUAUUUUUAUUAUUUUCCAUCAAAAUUAUCCUCUUUCAAUCUCUCUCAUGAGACCCAGAUCCUAAUUUCCACUAUCUUACAACCCCAUUACCCCAAUUUUCUACACCCUUUUUCAUUUGUGAUUGAGUUGAGUCCAAUUUUCAACAAAAAAAAGAAAAGAUUUUUAAGAUAAAGAAAACUACUCUCAUGCUGAUAUUAGUUCUAGGACUAAUUUCAGCUACUUUACUAGUGAUUAUUGCACUUUAUGUCUUUUUGUACUUGAAAAAACCAUCAAAACAUGAGAUUAAAGACAUAGAAAGCUCAGAACAAAAGCAAGAAGAGGUAGUUCAAAAGGAGGAUUUAAUCAUUUUUCAAGGUGGUGAGGAUUUGACAAUAUGUGAUAUAUUGGAUGCUCCUGGAGAAGUGAUUGGAAAAUCAAAUUAUGGAACACUUUAUAAGGCUUUGUUGCAAAGGAGCAAUAAAGUGAGGUUACUAAGGUUUUUGAGACCAGUUUGUACAACAAGAGGUGAAGAAUUGGAUGAAAUGAUUUUGUUUCUUGGAAGGAUUAUGCAUCCUAAUUUGGUUCCUCUUUUGGGAUUUUAUACUGGCCCAAGGGGUGAGAAGCUUCUUGUUCAUCCUUUUUAUAGGCAUGGGAAUUUGACUCAAUUCAUAAGAGAUGGAAAUGGAGAGAAUUACAAAUGGUCAAACAUACAUAGAAUAUCAAUUGGUAUAGCAAAAGGGUUAGAACAUCUUCACACAGGACAUGACAAACCAAUCAUUCAUGGAAACCUCAAAUCAAAAAACAUCCUUUUAGACACUUCCUAUCAACCAUACAUCUCAGAUUCAGGCCUCCAUCUUCUGUUAAAUCCAACAGCUGGCCAAGAAAUGCUUGAAAUUUCAGCUUCUCAAGGCUACAAAGCUCCUGAACUUAUCAAAAUGAAAGAUGCGAGCGAAGAAACCGAUAUAUAUAGCCUCGGCGUAAUCUUGCUCGAAUUGCUCUCAGGAAAAGAACCUAUCAAUGAACAUCCGACACCCGAUGAGGAUUUCUAUUUGCCGAAUUUUAUGAGAAAUGCUGUUCUUGGACAUAGAAUUUCUGAUUUAUAUCAUCCUGCUAUUCUUCUCAGAAAAAGUUGUGAUGAUGAAAUUCAAGUGACAGAAGAAUGUGUUCUCAAAUUUUUUCAACUUGCUAUGGCUUGUUGUUCACCUUCACCUUCAAUUAGACCUAACAUAAAGCAAGUCCUUAGGAAGCUUCAAGAAAUUAUACACUAGAAGUCAUAUGAAGGCUUUUAUGAAAUUUAUCUUGGAAUUUGGAAGCAAUGAUACUACACAAUUUUCUUCAAAUUGAUCUGUAACAAAUAUGUGGUUAAAGAGAAUUGAUGUGUUAUAUAUGAGAAAUUGAUAAGAGAAAAGUAAGUGUUUUGCUUACAAAAUGUGGAAUUGGCUAUCAAACAAGGACUUCAGGACAGUUAUCAUCGGAGUUUAACGCAAAUGGUUAGUGCACGGUGUGUAUAAGUAUUGUAAACUCUGGAGUACUGAGUCCGAUUUCUACUCAUAAAAAAAACUUGUGGACAUAAAAAAAACUUGUGCACAGUUGAUUUUGAUGGUUAAGUAUUAAAGUCAAUUGAGAAAUUAUAGCAUGAAACUAAAGCUUCGUAUUUCUAGAUGAAAA